AUGACCACCAUGGCACGGUUGGUCAGCAACGUGAGGGAAUCCGAAGGAAGAGAGAACAUCACCGAGAUCCAGGAGCUCGCUCGCUUUGCCGUCGACGAGCACAACAAGAAACAGAAUGCGCUUCUGGAGUUUACGCGUGUUGUGAAGACGAGGGAGCAAGUUGUCGCUGGAACUCUGCAUCACUUGACGGUGGAGGCAGUUGAGGGAGGGGAGAAGAAGUUGUACGAGCCCAAAGUGUGGGUGAAGACAUGGCUUAAUUUCAAACAGGUUGAAGAAUUCAAGCAUGUUGGCGAACAAGGUAAAUCUGGCGUCAAUUCUUAGCGAUGGAUUUGGGUUCAAUUCCAUCAAUAAAUAAAAUGAAAAACAGUAUUUUGAGUAUCAAAUUUCUAUCCUCAUCACCGUGCUCUAUACAAAAAGAUUAAUAUCAUGUUUAUGCUAUACUGUACUGUAGAAUAAUCUAAACUAGGUUUUUUUGUUACAUGUUUGUGCUGUGUAUAGAUCUUUACACAUUUGUUGCACUUCAUAUCUUCUUGUGAAUGUUUUUCAGUAAAAUUAUACAACCUGAUUGUUUUUCUUAUUUAUUUGCUAGAUCUCUGAUGUUUUUAAUUUUUUAUUUAGAAAAUUAGGUCAUCUAGUCAAAGAAAUGCCUUAAGGUGUGGUCUAUGGUGGGCAGAAAUGCUCAAGGCCACGGGGCAGUUCAAGGAUGCCGCAAAUAUAUUUUUUCGCAUUUCU